AUGAAGACUGCCACUUUGUUUGCGGCCACCAUGGCCUUGAUGCAGAGCGCAUCCGCCCAUUAUAUCUUCCAGCAGUUGUCAGUUGGCUCAACCAAGUAUCCUGUGUUCCAGUACAUCCGACAGAACUCCAACUACAACUCUCCUGUAACGGAGUUGGACUCGAACGACCUGCGCUGCAAUGUCGGUGCAUCAGGAGCCAACACCCAAACAGUUGCCGUAAAGGCUGGUGACUCCAUCACCUUCACCCUCGACACCGCGGUCUAUCAUCAGGGACCCAUUUCGGUAUACAUGUCCAAAGCACCUGGAUCUGCUUCGUCGUACGAUGGAAGCGGUACUUGGUUCAAGAUCAAGGACUGGGGCCCAAGUUUCAACGGUGGAUCUUCAAGCUGGCCCAUGAAUCUCAGCUACACUUUCAAUCUUCCCGUGUGCAUCCCUAACGGCGAGUACCUCUUGAGGAUCUCGAGUAUGGGAAUCCACAACCCAUGGCCAGCUGGCCUUCCUCAGUUUUACACUAGCUGUGCUCAGAUCAACCUCAAUGGCGGCGGUAGCACUGUUCCAGGUUCGCAAGUCAAGAUCCCUGGUGCUUUCAAAGAGACAGACCCUGGAUAUACCGCCAACAUCUACUCCAACUUCAACAGCUACACCAUCCCAGGCCCUGCAGUGUUCUCUUGCAACGGUGCUGGUGGAGGUGACGACAGUGGUACCCCUCCUGUUACCACUCUCCAGACAUCUACGAAGACGACCGCCCAAACACAGCCCACCCAGCCUGGUAACUGUGCUUCUCUUUGGGGCCAAUGUGGCGGACAAGGCUUCUCAGGCGCCAAGUGCUGUGCUACUGGAACUUGCAAAUCGGUGAACGACUUUUAUUCUCAAUGUGUUCAGUAA